AAUGUGACGACUGAAAGAAAACUUGGUGAUUGAAAGCCUGUGGCGAAAAAAACCUUCUUUUCUCGUCCACUGUGCAAGAACAUCUGAAUAUGGCAAUUUCUGGAACUAAGAAGAAAAAAGUUUCCAAGAAACUCAAGAGUUCCUGGAGAAAACAUGUGAACAUUAAAGAUGUUGAAGAAUUUUUAGAAGACCAACGACUAGACGAACGUCUAGGACCACCACUGGCAACUAUUUCCAAUGAUGAAUUGUUCAAAGUGGAUGUAAAACCUGAUGAACAACUGUUGUCAUCUAAAGAAAGGCGUAAAUUGAAAGCUCUUAAACCCUUGAAAUGCCUCUCUUCUUUGGAGUCAUAUACAAAAGUUCCAGAUCCCAUUGCAAAAAGAAAUCAUGUUAGAACAAAGGAAGAAAGAAUGAAUCGUUUAGUAAUGCUGAAAAAAGAAGCAAACCAGAAAAAAGGAAUAUUUACAGCAAAAGAAAUUCAAGCAAAAGCAAAUCGUGAAUUAGCUGAAGUCAGAAGACAAAAUAAACCAAAAAGAGGAGAAUUUUCAGAGGAUCUAUGGGCAGGAGUGAAAAAAUUCCCAAUUGAAUCUGAUGAAUGGGCCACAACAAAUACAAAGAAACACAAUUUGCGUGGAGUAGGUGUCCCCAUAAAAAAUGUCAGGCCAUCCUUGAAAGAGAAGAAGAGUGGUGUCCCUGCAAUAGAAGCUCCUCACCCUGGCAUGUCCUACAAUCCCAGUUACAAGGACCAUCAAGAUUUAUUGAGAGCUGUUGCUGAGAAAGAAUCUAAACUCAUCAAGGAAGAGGCACAUUUGCAGAGAUGCACCAGGGGGAUGUUCUCAAAGGUCACUGAAGAAACAAGAGAUCAUGCCUGGUUGGUGGAAAUGUCGGAAGGUUUGCCAAGCAAGGAAGGCACCAACGUAGAAGAAAACGAAGCCAGCGGCGACGAAUACAAAUCAGUGAACCCACCCACCAAAAACCAAAAGAAAACCUUGAAGCAGAGGAGGAAGCAAAAAGAGCAACUCGACCUAGCAAAAGCCAGGAGGACCUUGAAGGUGGAAAAAAAGAAAAUCACAGACAUCCACCAAUUGAAAGUCCUGGCGAGGCAAGUCUCGAAGAUCGAGCGGCAACAAGCCAUCAUCAGGGGCAUGCGCGCCAAGGUCAAGGAAUUGAAGAAAAACGAGCCGAAAGUCUUGGGCUCCAUGAAGUACGAGGAGCCCGACUUGGAGUUCAACAUGAUGCAAGACAUCGCCGGUAAUCUGAAGGACCUGAAGACGGAGGGCAGUUUGCUGGCUGACAGGUUCAAGAGCAUGCAGAAGCGCAACAUUUUGGCGCCCACCAAGAGGCAUGCGCGCAAGAAGGCCAAGGUGAAGAAGUACACGAAGCCGGGGCAUAAGGAUGAAGAUUGGAAAAAAACGGUAGCACGGUGAGAAUCUUGUGUGUUGAAGAUGCCUUGAGUUGUUGAAAUCCUUGGAUAAAUUAAAUGAAUAUUCAAAGUU